ACAUUGAUUUUAAUACCUUUUAUUUUGCAUUAAUAUGGCUCUUGGAACUUAAAUGGCAUCUCGUGAUUGUGUUUGACUCUCUUUUUCAUGACAGUACAAAGGGUUAGCGUGUCUUUAACGGUGUUGCUCAGUUUCACUCUGAUUGGACGAGAGAGAGAUGCUGUGCACCAAUAACACUCAGAACUGUACAAAGAGAUCUACUCCCUCCCACAUGCAGCUUCAGCACCAAAACCACAAUGCUCAGAGUGGGAGGAGAGUAGGUAAAUGGUUCAUAUAAUCGGGGUAUACGGUUAUAUCUAAAAAACAUUUUUGACCAUGAACAGACGUCUUUUUAACGGAAUAUGUUACGCUCGCGGAAUUUGGAUUUUAACUUUAUGUUCUCUGUUUUUGUGGAUUGGAAAUUAUGUAUUUUACUGAAUUAGGGAUGACAAAGAAAAUGGGAUACCGAGACUGGAGAUGGCAGGCUCUUUGGUGGCAUUACUUCUUUUUCAUGUGGAGUACAAUAAACGGACAGACUCGUUACAGCAUCCCAGAGGAACUAAAACAGGGAUCUGUGGUAGGAAAUCUAGCCAAAGAUCUGGGUUUGGGACUAUCGGAGAUUUUUGAACGUAAAUUGCGUGUCGCCUCUGAGGCUGGUGAGCAGUAUUUCAGUGUGGAUGCGGGGAAGGGCGAGCUGGUGGUGAAUGACAGAAUAGACAGAGAGGCUUUAUGUGGACAAAGCGCCAGCUGUGUGUUGCCUCUGCAAUUGGUUAUUGAAGACCCGCUGCAGUUACACCGAAUUGAGGUGGAAAUAAGAGAUAUUAAUGACAAUUCUCCAAGUUUCCUUUCAAAUGAAUUAUCUUUAAAAUUAGCCGAAGUAGCGGCAGUUGGCACGCGCUUUCCUUUAGAGAGCGCAACAGACCCCGACGUUGGAAGCAAUUCACUCAAAUCAUAUACUCUUAGUAAAAAUGAAUGUUGUUCCCUUAAAAUAAAAGAUAUGGAGGGUGGUAAGACCGUUCCAGAACUCGUUUUAGAAAAGCCUCUAGAUCGAGAGAAAAAAGCAGUUCACAAAAUAAUACUAAACGCUUUAGACGGUGGGAAUCCAGUACGAUCUGGAACCUUACAAAUAACCAUACACGUGCUUGAUACAAACGAUAACUUUCCUGUGUUUGAAAAAAACAUUUACAAAGUAGCUUUGGGUGAAAAAAGUUUACAUGGGGCUGUUGUUAUAAAGCCCAAAGCAACAGAUGCAGAUGAAGGUUUAAAUGGUGAAAUUGAAUUCUCAUUUGAUUCUCGGACACCAGAAUCUGUAUUGUCACUCUUCGAUAUUGACCCCUUAACAGGUGAAAUUACCCUGAAAGGAGAGUUAGACUAUGAAACUACCAACUCGUAUGACAUUGAUGUAUCUGCAAAAGAUAAAGGCAGCCCUGAAAUGGAAGGCCACUGUCGUGUGCAGGUUGACAUUACUGAUUUCAAUGACAAUGCUCCAGAAAUAGUUUUCACUUCUCAGCCAAAGCCAAUACGCGAAGACUCGCCAAGUGGCACUGUAGUGGCUUUGAUCAGUGCGCGAGACCUUGACUCCAGUGAUAACGGUAAAGUGACGUUACAACUCACCGAAGGUUCUCCUUUUAAUCUGAAACCUUCUUUUUCUAAUAAUUAUGCACUGGUUACAAAUCGUUUAUUAGACCGAGAGAGCUUCUCGGCGUAUAAUAUUGAGAUAACAGCCAGUGAUGCAGGUUCUCCUCCUCUGUUUAGUAAGAAAAUGAUACCUGUCAGCAUCACUGAUGUGAACGACAACCCUCCUAUAUUCAGUCAGCCCUCCUAUAAUGUGUAUUUAAAAGAGAAUGGGGUACCAGGCUCUGUACUGUACUCAGUGUCAGCAUCUGACCUGGAUUUUGGUGAAAAUGCCAAAAUGUCUUACUCUAUUCUGGACUCUAAAGUGCAGGACGUUUCUGUCUCAUCUUAUGUUUACAUUAACUCAGAUAACGCACCUGGACCUUUGAGAGUCAGCAGGUGA